UAAAAAUGUGAUCAGGUAACAUUUAAUUCCAUUCUUCCUUCCCUAGUCAUUAUUUUGUGAUAAAGUUGAUAACUGUUAUCUAGACUGAAGUGUUAUUGUACAAACAUAUUUGAUUAUGGACAAAUCUUAAAUAAAAUGGCCUCUGGAGGUUCAUCUUUUUACAAGGCAUCUGACCUGAUUCAUGACUACAGUUGUUCCAAGUGUGGGGAAAAUGACUUUAACACUGAAGCCCAGCACUUCUGUCCAGAGUGUGAACACUAUCUGUGUGACAAGUGUGUGAGGAUACAUGGGGAGUAUUUCAAGAAACAUGUUGUGUAUGGGCGUGGAGACAUCCAAAAGUGGGCGUUCUCCAUGGACAGAUGUGACCAACAUGGCAACAAGCUGGAUGUCCACUGUGAUGACCACCAGGAACUGUGCUGCCAUGUCUGCGUGUCACUCAACCACAGGCUUUGUAGCAGCAUUAGUCACUUGCCUGAACUGGCCAGAGGCUUCCUGAAAACAGCAGUGUUUAAGCAGCUGCCAGCAGCAGUGAACGAGAUGAGGAGCAGGCUAGAUGAGCUCAAGAAUGCCAAGUUGAAAGACCAAGAUGCUCUGAAGGACUCGUACAAGAGCAUCUUGGCUGAAAUAAAGGCUCUCCGUAAAGAGUUAAACCAGAUCUUAGACAAGCUUGAACAGAAAACAGUUGAACAAUUAGAUGGCAUGAUGAAGGAUUUAGAGAAGAGUUUGGAAGAUGACAUUGAAACUUGUACUCAUAUGAAUGAGUUACUGAAAAUCAUGAUGGACAAGUUCGGGCAGAUAGCUGGAAAAAACAAGGAGACAAAAUGUUAUGUCGGGCACAGGAAAUGUCAGACAAAACUGACAGAAGCCCAGAACCUAGUGCAUGAAAUACAAGGAAAGUCAGAAGAAGCCUUACAUUUCAAGUCUGACAGUAGCAUAGUGCCAUUUCUCAGGAACCAACACAUGUUUGGCGCCCCUGAAAGAGUGAUUACCGUAGCGAAGAGCUUAAAUAGUGUUUAUGUGUACAAAGGUCUAGGGUCAAAGAAGUUCAGUGUUAGAAUAAAGAAAGAUAAGAAAACCUGCAGUAUUGAAGGUAUAUGUGAGCUGCCCAGUGGAGACCUUGUUAUUGCUGACUCAAAGAAUAAGAGAGUGAAGCUUCUGGACAUGACGUACAAGGUUACUGCUCACCUUGACCUUCCUGUUCCUCCACUCCACUUGUGCAACCUAACCGGCAGUGAAAUUGCUGUCGUAAUUGAUGAUGAUAAAAUGCAUGCGAUCUGCAUCCUGACAGUGACCAGAGGACAGUUUCAAGUAUCGAGAAAGUUCACCACAGACCAUCAGUGUAAGUCCAUUGCCUACCACCAGGGUCAGCUCUAUAUCUGCUCCUACUCUGCUCUGUACCAGUACACAAUGGAUGGACGGCUGGUAAAGGUGUUAAAAAAAGACAUAGGAAUUAACACAUGUGCUGUCAGUCCUGAUGGACAGAUAAUCUAUAUAGCAGAAUUUGAUACCAAUCCUUUAAUUACCCUUGAUAAAAAUGGUCAAGUGUUUACAAAGCUUAAAGAUCCUGAACUAAAAUAUGCAUGUGGAGUAUGUGUCAGCCCUAGUGGCCAUGUAUUUGUGUGUGUGGUUGAGACUGAAAGUGUGGUACAGGUAGACAGAGAGGGGAGGCAGAAGCUAGCCACAGUGGCUGAUGGCUUAGACUUCCCUCAGUCAGUGUGGUUCAGUGAAUGCAACUCAUGUCUCAUUGUUGGGAAUGGUGAAAAUGAUAGCAUUGUUGUUAUCAAGAUGUGUUAA